AUGCGGCAAAGCUCAGCUUUAGUUUUUUUCUCGACUAUUUUUCUAUUUUUUCUGUGUUAUAUACGGACGCAGUCGAGAUUUCAAUUCAGUUCCAAAAAUCCUGGAAUUAAGACAAUGGAGGAAAACUAUGACGCUUGGCACAGUUGUUUUAUGAAUAAUAUUUCACACUUUGAAGGUUAUCCAGACGAGCUUUGGGACAACAUGUUCAACGGGAUCCGAAGAUGCGAAUAUAUCAAAGAAAUGAAAUAUUUACCAAUUCUGGAUUUUCUGAAUUCUGACGAGGCGAAAAGACAUAUACUUCCAAAAAUGAACCAACCUAGUACCAUAGUCACUCUGGGCAUCGGACAUGAUACCGGAGCAGAGGAGAAGCUUCUUCAGCAACUACCAGAAGGAUCCGAGUUCUUUGGGGCCGAUCCCAUGCACGAAAUCAACGAAAAUUUAUACACAAGUAUCCCAGGAAAAUACUUUCCAUUUGCAGUCGGAGCAGCUCCUGGACUUGCGGAAGCUAAUGUGCUAAUUGAUACUUCAUACACUACAAAAACAGUUGUCAAUGUGGAUAUUAUAUAUUUUCUGACAAAAUUGAUCAAUAGAACUGUAAUCGAUGAUCUGUGGAUGGACGCAGAAGGCGCUGAAUAUGGAAUGUUUGAGUUUUUCUAUAAUGGUGGAGAAUUUGAUAAAAAUAACAUUAAAUUUUGCCAAAUCAAUAUUGAGAUUCAUGUUCCCGACACCCACCAGAAAAAACUGAUUCACGACUUUAUUUUUCAGCUGAUGAAAGAUCGAAGAUAUGCUAUUUUUAGACCAGUAAAAGGAAAGCACAUGCGUCUUUAUCUGCUCAAUUUCAAGGAUGAUAACUGUGCCCAUAACUAUAUUCUCUAG